UUAAAAGCCAGAAGUCUGUAUGACCAUCAACAUUAAGUGACUCUGUGAGAACCCUAAGAAGCUUAGGCCCCCAAGUUACUUUUGUUUAAUAAAUCUGAAUGAAUCUGCCAAGAGAAGACCUCCCAACAUCCUACUGUACAUCAUUUGGGGACAUGGGCUGACAUACUAUGACUCUCACAUGACACCAGGUCACCUUAGGCUGCCACCGACAGCCUCUAAUUCUUCUCUGUUUAUUGCAGGGAGACACAUUUUGCCCAACUUACAAAUCCAAAAUCCUACAUCAGACACUACAUUGGUUUGAUUUGAUGGACACAGGGCAGAGAUGAUGAGGGCACAGCUAGAGGGGCAGGACUCGGAAGGAACUGAAUCGGUCACCCAAGAUACAUGAAGUGCUAUCAUGGGUGUUUCUAGUGAGUGGUAAGCAUGGUAUCUGCCCACCCAUGCACUACUAGUAGCUGAUGGAAGCCCAGGGUAAAAGUGAAAGAUCAAAAUUGGUGUGUUGGCACAUCUGCCCCUUUUCUAUAGGUUACAUACUGGUGGAGCAAAGUGAGCCUGGAUGCCCCUCCCAAGUGCUGAGUAGGCAGUUUGCUUACCCCCACCGCCCUCCUCCCCUCCCUAGGCCCCCUGUCCUGUUUGGGAUGGCUUCCCACAGAAGGCUUUAAAAGGGCAACAGCUCCUGGCAGCCGGCACUCUCUCACUCAUUGUAGGACGUGACCAGAGAAGCACAGUCGGGUGAGUUGGAGUUACUGUGGGAUGCCCCCACCUUUCUGUGUGUCCCUGUCCUUUGGGCUUGUUUUGGAGGCAGGGAGGAUGGGAUGGGCUUAGUCUUUGUCCACCACCAUUUUUUUUUGGACAUGAUGGUCACCUAAUAGCCCUUUAGGAGUUUUUCUUUUGCCAGGUCUGCAGCUCUUUGUGUACCAUCUACUUUUGUCAUUUUUAAACUUCCCCUGCUAUGGAGGGAUGUGGGUUGGUCUUUUUACAAUUUGUAAUAUAGUGACCUCAGACAGUUACUGGACUACACACCUUGGUCAUCCACUGCUCUGACAGUUCUUGUCAGGGCACUUUAGCUGAGCUGGUGUAGGAUUGGCACAUGAUUUUCUUCUUCUUGGUUCCCACAAGUUAAAAAGCUCUGUUGUCAUAAAUUACUUCAAUCUGGUAUGUUCACAUUCACGUAAAUUUCAACUGCUACAUUAACAUUUACCUCAGAUGAGUCGAGGAUUUCAUUUCUUCAUUUCUCCACCUAAUGGUUACACUGCUCAGCAUAUGCUGUAAAUGCAAUCAACUUAAAGUAUGAGGUUGAAGCUACAAAUACCACACAAUAUUUGUCAACUGCAUUUUGUUUUAAUUUCAGAAGAAAAUGACUCACCACUGCACAAAAUUCUCUGGCCACUGGAAGAUCAUCGUUUGGGACGAGGAAUGUUUCCAGGGUCGCAAGCACGAAUUCACUUCAGAAUGUUAUAACGUUAUGGACUUCGGCUUCGAGACGGUGCGCUCCUUCCGCGUGGAGAGCGGCGCGUGGGUGGGCUAUGAACACUCGGCUUUCCAGGGUCAACAGUUUGUUUUGGAGAGGGGCGAGUAUCCGCGCUGGGAGGCCUGGAGCGGCAGCAACGCCUACCACAUCGAGAGGAUGACCUCAUUCCGCCCCAUCGCCUGUGCGAAUCACCGCGAGUGCAGGAUGACCAUCUAUGAACGUGAGAACUACCUUGGACGCAAGGGGGAGCUCAGUGACGACUACCCGUCCCUGCAGGCCAUGGGUUGGUGCAACAAUGAGGUCGGCUCUUUGCGAGUGCAGUCCGGAGCGUGGGUGUGCUACCAGUAUCCCGGAUACCGCGGCUUCCAGUACAUUAUGGAGUGCGAUCGCCACUCAGGAGAGUACAAACACUGGCGGGAAUGGGGAUCUCACGCACAGACUUUCCAAGUGCAGUCCAUUCGACGCAUCCAGCAGUGACCUCUUUGCAUGUCCUGGGAGUGCCUGUGGGCGCCAAUAAAUACA